AUGACGCCUCAAAGCCGAUAUUCAUGCGUAACCUGUGCCAGGCGCAAAGUCAAAUGCGACAAGCUGAGCCCGUGCUCGACCUGCUCCAAGUCACAAGUCGCGUGCAUUUAUCGUGACCCCGUGCCGUCUCAGAGAUACCGAAAGCGCGUGUCUCAGCGAGAUCUCCUGUCCAAGAUUCAGGAACUCGAAACCAUCCUUCAAAGUAAUAGAAUUCCAUUUGAAGCGUUGGAUAACUCAUGGAUCAGCUCACAGUGGGAAGAGCGGCUUGUCCAAAGCCCUCAGACUCAAUCCGACUCCAUUGAGAGUGCAGCCACGGCUGAGGUAUCUCCACGGGCGCCAUUCGUGGCGAACCUGAACCAUAUCACCGACAGUUUGCUCGAUGAACAGGCUGUGACGGCGCGUCUUUGGUCAGAGUUGCCUGAAACUUUGAAAACUCCGCCAGUAUUGCAACUCAAACCGCCAGACGAGGAGGCAAAAAAUAGGUCCAUCCACGAUGAUAAUGACUUGGGCGAGCCGUCUCUAUUUAUCCCUACUCAUAUUUCUACAACUGGAGGGCAGUUGGAACUGCACCCUGAUCCGAAACACGUUUUUAAGCUUUGGCAGAUAUUCGCGGACAACGUCAACCCUUUGAUCAAAAUUAUUCACGCGCCUACUCUUCAAGAGAAGAUUCUCGAGGCGGUAUGGGCUCCAAAGUCGACUGCAAAACCGCUCGAGGCUACCAUGUUUGCAGUAUACGCUCUAGCUGUAGCUUCGAUGAAACCUGCUAGCUGUAUCGAUCUAUUCGGAGAAGAUAAACAAGUACUUGUGAAACGAUACCGCAAAGGAGCGCUACAAGCUUUAUCUAGCACUGAUUUGCUCUCAACGAGGGACAUCGAGGUUUUGCAGGCUUUGACUCUUGUUCUUAUGAUUGAUCCACAGUCAGAGCUCUCAAUCACAGCAGCCGCGCUAGCUAUGCGUAUUGCCCACAAAUUGGGAUUGCAUCAUGCUGGAAAAGACUCAAACAUGCCGUUCUUUGAGCAGGAGAUGCGAGUACGUCUAUGGUGGUGUAUUCGCGGCUUCAACUCACGCGCCCGUCGGGGCAUGGGGCUGUUAUCGACUGUUGACGACCUGGGCGACGUGCGUCUCCCGAUGAAUGUCAACGAUGCAGAUUUGCAUCCGCUGAUGGAGAAGCCGCCUGCAGUUCAGCAUACUGCCGCCACAGAGAUGGUUUAUUGUUUGAUGAAAUGCGACCUCUGGAACUAUGUUCGGAAAUCCUCUAGAUUUUCUGGUGAUGUCAACCCAAGAGAAAGAGCAGCCCAGAUAGCCGCCUCAACGAGUGUUGAAAACAUGGCAGUGAAAAGAGAAAUGGUUAGCAACGUAACUCAAAUGCUACAGGAAAGGUAUCUUGCCUACCUUGACCCGAGUAUACCACUGCACCAGCUCUCAAUCGCCUUGGCCGGACUUACCGUUCACAACCAGCGCUUCUCAAUGUUCCAUCCUCGCCAUCAACCUGGAGGAGGUAGAAACAUGUCUCAAGCCGACCAAGACCUUGUUUUCGAAAGCAGCGUCAAGCUGUUAGAGUUGAAUCAUGACGUGCGCCACACAAGCUUUUCGAUAAAGCUGGUGGAUCACAUGGUAUGCACGACCCCGGCUGAUGCCCUGGUAUACAUGGUCAGUGAGCUGCGACAACGUGUGAGUGGCUGCCUCGUCGACACUGCGUGGACGUUACUACAGGAAUUGUUCGACGAACAGUUUGCAAUCUCACCGGGAGAGCAUGGAUUCUACGCCGCGCUGGCGGAUUUGAUACUACAGGCAUGGGUGGCACGCCGGCGGACACUGGAGCAUAGACAGGAUAUCAUGCCCAAAUUUAUCGAAAGACUGCAGACAGUAAGUAAUGCUGUCGAUGAUUCGCAAGAGCCAGCAUCGGAUACGGAAAAUCUGCAAACUGGGCUUAUGGGCGAUCUGAUGCACGACGAAUCUCUAGACUGGACUUACUGGAAUGAUCUGCUCCAACUAUGA